UCGCUAGGUCUGAGCCGCGUGCUGCGCGCUGGUCGGGGGAAAUCCCAGUUGUGCAUUGAUCGGCCAGUGCUGGAGGUGUACAAAUUGUGCAGAUGGAUAGGAAUACGUGGCCUAAUUCUAUGUGUCCCACUGAAUGCGGCAACAGUAAGGCUAACAGCAAAUGUGCCAAUGAAAUGUUGACUGGAGAGACCACCAAUAGCAUUGCAGAACAAAACAAGUCACAUGAGAUGUAUAUUGGCUUUGCUGAGGAAAUUUUCCUGCAGUUGGGAAUGAGUGAUGAAAAAAUUCAAAACUGGAGUCAUAUGGAUAACUUAGAAACAAAAGAAGCUGGUCACAGUCAGUAUCAGUUUGACAGCAUUUCACCAUUGGAUACUAGUUCAAUAAGCAAUACAAAAGAUGAGCUUUCGUUUGUCAGCGCAUCAUCAGAUCUAUCACAGGAUGAAAUGAACAGUAAUGGCUACCCAGAGGAAAAAAGGAAAGCAGAAUGUGAUAACAGUCUUCUUUGUUUGGAUGCUUUGGAAGAAUUUUCUCAAAAUCUGGAUUUAUCAUCUUUUUCUGAGACAUUUUCCUGUGAAAGCGAUACUGAAGAAUCCAUAAUAAAGGAUGAAGACUUUACCUCAGAAAAGAAGACUGAUAAUGCUGCUGGAGAGGAGAAGACAAGUACUGUCAGAGAAGAUGAGUCAAAUAAAGGAUCGCAGGAGCUUAUUCCAGCAGACUUUGUAAAUUCACAGAUGCAGCAGCAACAUGAUAAUGUGACAAAACAGCUCAAUCAUGUCAAAGCUUUAAUGCAAGCAAAUCAAUUAUUGACAGAAGGACUUCGAAAUAAGUUGCUUCAGAUCUGGUGCCAUAUGCCUAAAAAUGAAGUGGGAAGAUUCCAGGAUGAUGAAAUUAGUGAAGUUGACACUGAGAGCAUCCUUGCUGUACCUGGGGAGGAAUCAUCUGUGGCCAGUGUUUAUGAAGAUGAUCACAUUGUAGUGACAGAGCAGCGAAGUAAUCUGUUAAAAGUAGCUGUAAAGAAUGCACAGCGUGAAGGAACCAGUGGAUGUGCUGAAAUACACCACUUAAUGAGUGAUAUAAGUUACCUUCAUGACUAUGAUGAGAAUGUAAAACCACAAAAGAACACGUGCCUGGGUGAGAGAGUGCCAGAUCUAGUAGAAAACUCAGAGAAACAAAAUGAGAGUCUUCGGGACCAGGCCACAAGUCCCACGUGUGACUCUUCUGGACUAGAACUGGUGGGCACAAGUGCAUUGCAAAAAGAACAGUUGGCGAUUAGCUUGAAGAACUUGGAAAAUGCCACAAUAGAAAUGCAAGAGUAUAAUCAGAAGAUCAUGCUGGCGAAAAAUGCAAUUGAAGAUACUGCAGAGACAGUUAAGACUCGAUUGCAAAAAAUUCAGUGUCAGCUUAUGGAAUUAGAGGUUGCCAACAGGAAUCUUCACGUUCAGAUUGGAAAGCUGAAUGCUGAUUACAGUCAAAUGCAGGAACAUCAUCGAUGUGUGGUUUGUGAGAACAAAAACUUAGAAAAACAGUGCGUUGAUCUUCAGACAAAUCUAAAUAGUACAGCAGAAGAAAAUGAGCAUAUGCUGACUGUAAUAGACAAACUGGAGAAAAAAAUAGAGGCUGCGCUUAUGAAUUUAGCUGAGAUCAAAACAGAAAAAAAUAAAUUGGAACAACAAGUCCAGUCCUUAAAAGAUGAAUAUAACAGUCAGGAGGAAGCAAGGAUUGUGGAAAGGGAACAGAUGAACAGAAAUUAUAGCCAACUGGUUGAUGAGAUUGAACUCCUUCGUGUACAGUCUGAAAGGGAGCAUCUAGACACACAAAACCUUAAGCGAGAAAUUUCUGCGGUCAGAAAUGAGAACCACCGACUUCAGCAGGUGGCAGAGGAGGAGAUCAAAAAAAAGAAAUCAGCAGAGCUGGAUGCUAGGAGGUGGAAGAAAGAAUUUCGCAAACUCACUAUGGACCAGCAGGACAAAGAUAUGAAGUUGGUGCACUCUGAUUUAUCUACCAAAGGACCGUCUGACAAAGGAGAUUGUGCCAAUUCUGUCUGCGUGAGGCGAACUAGUCAAAUACUCUCCAAAAUAGAUGUUAUUCUCUCAUCCAUGGAAGGAAUCAUUAUUUGCCGGGAAUCCAACAGCUGUUCUAAUGAUAUGCCGCCAGAUGAGGACAUUGAUGAUAAAAGAAUCACGGAUUUGAAAGAAAAAAUGCCUGCAGCGAGCAAUAAAAGGAAACAUUCAAAACAAGAGGAAUGUGCAGCAAUUGACCCAAAAGUGAGAGAAUCUUUAGGCAAUUCUACAUCUUCUCACAAAAAUAGCAAGAAUGAAACAGUGCAGAAACGUAUUGUGAAGAAGAACGAAGAAUGUAAGAUGCUUGCAGCAGAAAAUGUAAAACUUCACAAAUGUGUUAAAGAACUCACAUGCAAGGUUAAUGGCUUCAACAAAAUAAUCCAAUUUGCUGACCAAAGACUUCAGAUGAAUAAUUUGCAUAUUUUGAGGUUAGAAAAGAAGAACUCCAUAUUGUUAGCUGCUUUAAACAAAAGACCCAGAAAAAACGAGUCGAGAGGAAGUUCUCCGGAUUCCACAAGUGGCAGCAGUAAUGCAAGUGGAAGGGCUUGUCAUUCUAAGACAGAACAGAACCACCAUGAUGACCCUGAGCCUUGCUAUGCAAAAGGAUGAUGUGGAAGUGAACUACAAUGGCAAAAAGGAUGAAACAGAUUGCAAUGCCGGCUAUUGUGGAUGUGAAUGCACACAAACCUAACUCAGGACAGAGCAAUAAAUGUACUGAAGAUUACCACCAGACAAAAGCUGCUACAUCAUGUAAACAAAAGCAGGACAAGGUUGAUGGAUUGAACAAAAUUGUCCAGUUUGCCGACCAGAGACUCCGAAUGUUUAAUUUGCAGAUUCUGAGGCAAGAUAAAUACUACAAGACUACAGACACACUUUCUGCAAGAGUGAAAUUGAAAAGCUGUUGAUUAUCAUAGCGAUUCAGGAUACAAUUAUUUAUACAAACUGUUAAGAUAAAUACGUUUACAAGAAUGGAAUGUAUCAGUGUAUACUUUAAAAGAUAUAUUAAUUUAGUGAAAUAGUCUAGAAAUAAAAUUGUAUACAGAAUUUAAAAUGUACUUCUUGGUGCUUUAAUAACAAUUUUGAGAAAAUCUGCUGCAUCAAUUUACUUAAUUUCCCUUAAAAAUAUUCUCUGUGAUGAAGGACUCCAUGAAUUUCCAAAUUUACCUUUAUUUUGCAACAUGAACAUUGGUUCAAGGAGAAGUUACAGAGGAGCUAGAAUUUAAAGUUUUUUUAUUGUUUUGAAAUCUUAAUUGUAAGAAUGCUUUUGUAACCUUACAAAAUAUUUUGAAUAUGUUCUAAUUUUAUCUUUUAAUAAACCUGAUUCAUAAUUCACAGCAUAGGAUA